AUGUGUGAAGAAAAUGAAAUCGAUUCACCGAAAGAGCUAAAGAAGAAAAAAGUUCCUGUUCGUCUUGAAGGUGGAGAUAAAACAUUAAAUGACUUGAACAUUAAACAUCACUAUAGAAUAAAUACUUAUUAUAUUGUUCUAGAUACAAUUAUUACAUUUAUUGAAAAUCGAUUCGAUGAAAAUAUGAUUGAUGAUAUUUUACUAAUGGAAAAAUUAUUUCUAACUAAAGUACUAUUGAAUGAAAAUGAAUUAAAACAGCUGUCAAAACAGUAUUCGUUAAGCUAUGAUGAUCUACGAGGUGAACAACGUUUAUACAAGGCAAAAUUACUUACUUCUCAAGCAACUUUGCCUGAAAUUAGAUCAUCUAUUCUGGAAAAUCAUUUGAAUGUUUGUUUACCCGUGAUGAAUGAAUUGUUUAAUAUUUUAUGGACUAUACCUGUAAAUACUUGUUUAUACGAAAGUAGCUUUUCGAUAUUGAGACGAAUUAAAAAUUAUCUUCGAUCUACAACAAGAGAAGAUUGUUUAUCAGGACUUGCACUUCUGAACAUUGAACAUGAUGCUGAAAUCGACUAUGAUGAAAUAAUAAAAGAAUUUGUAUCAGUAAAGAAGAGCAGGAAAAUAGUAUUUUAA